AUGGAGCAAACCUCGAUCGAAGACUUUCAGGACUACCACAACCAGCAGCCCGUCGGGGAUGUAGAUGAAGGACCGCGCUUAUCACCAGAGCCUCUUGACAUGGGAGAAUAUAUAGGACGCUGCUUUGAAGAUGACCAGGCAUCGCUAUCCGGCUCAGCACACCACUCGCCUGACGAAGCCGUCUUCGAUCGUCCCUCUCGCACAAGCUCUCCUCGCACGUCGCAUGGCUCUGACGACGAUGUCUCAGUGCUAGAAUCGUCCUACGAGCCUCAGAAUCAUCCAACACCAUUCACACCUCUCAAGACUCGAUCGCGCUUUCGAAAUCCUUCUUCCGUACGAGCAAUGCAGAUGGACACUACGCCUCCACAUCUAGCCACUCCAUCCUCGCAACAGCGUCAAAGACUAUAUACGCCCUCCAAACAGGGUACACCACGUUCCGCCCGCUCACACCGCAGUGUCAUAAGUUCGCCCUCCAAACUCAGCCCCAUCAAGAAAGUGAAAAAGGAAUACCCCCUUGUCCUCCUUCACGUCACUCUUCUUCCAAUGCCGCUUUCCUACACGCCUGAAAUCCUCGAGACUGCUCUCCCACCAUCUAUCCUUGCGAAUUGGAAGCUUCUUCAAGAAAAAGCUACCGACACUGUCCUCGAGCGCGGUAUCCUCAUCCCGCAUCCUAGGGAAGAUUACGACCUUCUGGAAGAGCGAUUGCUUGAAUCUCUAGAAUUGAAGAUACCACGUAUACUGAAAUGCGGCCACUUUCACCUAUCUCCGGAAGAAGAGGCCGACAUAGCGGCUGAGUCGGACGAGGAAGCCGAUACCGACGCCAACGAUGCGGACAUCUGUCUCGAUUGCGGGCGGCGCAUACGUGAUGGGAAAUUUGGCAGCGCUGGUACAGGAAGCAAAAGAUGGGACAUCAAGCUCUUCGCUGCAAACGGGCUCAUGAGGGCAGGGGCGUGGAGCGCAGCAUGGCGGGAGAUGGAGAGAGUGGAUGUGGAGAUCUUGCCUUGGAUGGAGGAGGAUAUGAAGCGUGAGUUGGAGCUGAGAAGAGAAGAAGAUGAAAGAACAAGAGCGGAACACUCGCAUGCAGAGAGGGAGGAGGGAAUCGGAGGCUUGGACGACGCAAGGUUGAGGGAGAUAUAUGGACAUGAUGCGCAGGCUUUUGUCGAUGGUUUGGGGGAUGAGAUACCUGCGGCUGCAUCGACACCUCAGCGGACACCUUUCCAGAUGCCUAUGGAGAGCAAGGAAGAUGUGCCGCUUUGGGACCUUCUGCGAGAUUACAUGUACCAUGCGGCCCAGGACCGUCGCAACAUCGCCAUUUUUCUUCUCAGCAUUGUCGUUUUGUUUCUCUCGAUGGGCUCGUUUACAUCAAGUCGAAGAGAUACGGAAGUUCUAGAUAUGAACCACGCCAUUCGGACACCUAUAGCGCAAGCUUCGGCCUACAGCACUGACCCUAUACCUAAAGCUUCUGUAUCCGUCACGGGCGCGGCCUCAUCCGCACCGUCUUCACUCCUAGAACCACAGGAGCGUGACGAGCAAGACCAGUCGGCCUCUUGGACUGAGACAGCCGAAGACGUGGCGAGAGAGAUGCUUGAAGACUGA